AUGUAUAGUCAAAAUCAUAGUAUAUUCAACUCUCUGAUGAAAUAAUUAGAACCAUACUAAUUUGAUGAACCUACAUUACCGCAAUGGUAAUUGUCUAGUAUCAAAUAGCCUAUAUUAUCUCCUUAUUUUGAAAAUGCAUCAGAAAUUUAGAGUUCAAAUUUUGAAUUCGUGAAGGUAUAAAAUGGCCGUGCAAGUUUCAAAGUUACAUUACCUGUAAAAACAUCCUUAAAAUUUGAACUUAGACCCAAUCUCUAAGUGAUCUUAGGGUUAGGGGAGGGAAAAUUAAUUUGUAAAACAGAACACAGCAUUAACGAAAUACCUUUAAAAUAACCGUGCAAUAUAAUGAAACCAUUCGAAUUAAUUAAUUAAGGAAACAAAGACUGUAAAAUUGGAAUACAAGUUAGUUGA